CCUCGCAUUUUCGUGGUACGACAGCGAUGGCCUUUUGCACGCAUCGCCGUCACAGGGACCUUCGGGACAGCCUCAAGUCCGCCGCGGUGGCUCGAGUACGCUCGUGCCCACCGCGUCCCCUCCAGACCCUUCGCGACGUUCCUCUACGGAGCAUCAACGUCGCACGGUGCUGACUGCACCACCGUUGCCGAGCGCAGGUAACGGUUUUCCCAAAUGGGAAGAAUCAUGUUCUUUGUCACGAAGUAGCGGUCCCGAGCCUCCCGCGGCCGCUGGCCAUGUUGGUCGAGCGCCCGCGAAGAAGGCCGCUUUCAAUGAACAGGCCUACGCCGACGUUUUGAGCGAAAACGCCCGCGUCGACCGCUUGGUUUCGCACGCUUCUGCGGCUGGUUCACCGCUUUUGCCUGCCUCUCCUCGUAACUCACAAUCCGGCCCGCCUUCGGGUGGCACCCAGAUUGUCCUCCCGGUUGCCGGUGCCAUUUCCCUUGAUAAUAUUUCUUCGGGGAAGGUAAGCGCACCCGCGCGACAGGCCCCUGUUGUUGAUGGUAGUCAGGGAUAU